CAUAGGUAACGUCUUCAGUUUAUUUUUCAACCCUCUUCUGAACGGCCGCGAAAUGAAGGCAACUAUAUUUCGGUUCUGUUUGAUGGUGAUUUCUGGAUUUGUUCUAACAGAAGCGUUAAGUCCUCUUCCGGAAGGUAGUUCGUACGCACUGAAAGUAGCACCGAAGGAUACUAGUCGUGAAAUCGAUCAAUCGUAUUUCCUUCCAAGAAAUACCGUUCCAUCCCAUUACUUCAUCCAGUUGUUCACCGACGUACAUAAAAAUGAUCGAACCUUCCAAGCAACGACCGAGAUCUACUUCGAUGUACUGGAGCCGACAAGCACGGUGACGAUGCAUCUACAGGACCUCGAUAUCCAAUCGACGGAGUUAUUCAAAAUCAAUGGUUUAGCAGCUCCGCUAUUGAUCGACAAUCCAAAAUUUACAAUUGACACCCGGAUUGAACAUGUCGUAUUUUUAUCUAAAGCAGAACUGUCCAUUGGAAAGUACAUCCUGAAAGUCACCUAUUCCGGAGCGAUGUUGAACUAUCAGAGCGGUUAUCUGAUAUCCACCUACCGGAACAAUGCCAACGAAGUUAAUUAUGUUGGAUCGACCCACUUCCAGGCAACUCUAGCUCGCCGAGUAUUCCCUUGUUACGACGAACCGGACCUGAAGACAACCUUCACCCUCUGGAUCACAUACGACAAAAAUUACAACGCAGUGUCCAACAUGUUGAUCGCUUCUAUCUACCCAGCUGCCGACGAGUCCUAUCUGGUGACCAAGUUCCGUACCACGCCAAAGAUGUCGACAUAUCUGCUAGCGUUCGCAGUUACAAAUUUUGUGGCACGAAGCGACGGUCGCCAUCAGAUUUUAGUCCGUCCGAAUGCCAUUGACGAUUCGGCCUUGGCACUUGAAGCCGGUACGAAGAUACUGGAUACGUUGGAUAAGUACACGGGGUUGCCGUACUACGACUACAUGCCGAAGAUGACACAGAUUGCUAUUCCGGACCGUGGCACAGGUGCGAUGGAAAAUUGGGGUUUGGUUGCAUAUGGAGAGCCGGCACUGCUGUUCAAUCCAGCGGUCAACAGUUAUCGCAGUCGUAAACGAGUGACUACGGUUAUCGCGCACGAGUUUACCCACCAGUGGUUCGGCAACCUAGUGAGCCCCCGAAAGUGGGAAUAUAUCUGGCUGAAUGAAGGAUUCGCCACCCUGUAUGAGUAUUAUGCGACUGAUAUGGUACUGGAAUAUAGGGAACUGUUCAAUGUGGAAGUUGUACAGCGAGCAUUGGGUUUGGACGCCUCCGAAAAUAUUCGACCGAUGAAUCAUCCAGCUGCUUCGCAGGAUGAAAUAUGGCACCUGUUCGAUAUCAUUGCCUAUCAGAAAUCCGGCAGUGUCCUCAACAUGUUCCGUCAGGUGCUGGGCGAUGAGAACUGGCAGUUAGGACUACACAUCUAUCUAAAUAACAGGAAAUUGAGUAGUGCCACUCCUGACGACCUGUACGACGGGCUUCAAGCAGCUAUCGAUGGAAAGGGCGUAAUUCCAUACACUUCCACCGUCAAACAGUUGAUGGAAUCGUGGACAAACGCUGCGGGAUACCCUCUGUUGAACAUCCGUCGAAUGUACAAUACUGGCGAGAUCAUCAUCUCACAGGAACGUUUCCUCGCGGAUAAACAUCUCCCGGGUGACCACAUUUGGAGUAUUCCCUACAAUUACAUUGAUCGUAGUAGUCCGAAAGCCGACGAAAAGAGUCGUAUUCAGUGGUUGACAAGCAAAGCUUCCAAGUUGUCAACAAACACACCCAGCAACCAGUGGAUCAUUUUCAAUCGGGAACAAUUCGGCUACUAUCGAGUGAACUACGAUCAGCACAACUGGGAACUGAUCAUCGAUGCUCUUUUUGUAAAUCCACUAUCAAUCAGCCGCGCUAAUCGUGCCCAGUUGGUCGAUGAUUCCUUCAACCUAGCCCGUUCCGAUCGAUUGGACAUGGGCGUGGCGCUUAAGCUGCUGACUUACUUACGUUACGAAACCGACUACGCUCCGUGGGCCGCAGCCAACAACGUACUCAAUUACUUCUACGACAAACUUCGCGGUACUGCUCACUAUCCCAAUUUCGUGAAAUUCGUUGAAGAAAUCACCGCCGUAGUGUACAAAACUCUUCAAAUCGACACGGUUUCCGACGAGGAAUCCACUCUACACAAAUAUCUGAAACAAAUUAUCUCCAACUGGGCCUGCCGAGUUGGCAACCAGGACUGUCUGGACAAAGCAUAUGCCGCUCUGCGAACGGAAGUCGACGGUGGAACCGUCGUACAUCCGGACGUGGCAGCGGUUAUCUAUUGCCACGGGUUACGCACCGGAACCUACAAGGAACUGUCCUAUCUACUCCCGAAAAUGGUUGAUUCCCGGAACCAAGCCCAGCGAACCGAUCUGAUUGCAGCACUUGGUUGCUCGAAAGAUGAAAACAGUGUGAAAGCACUUCUAACGGCUAUUCAGUUACCGAACGUGGUUUACCUAUCUUCGGAGCGAUCACAGAUUGUAAACGCUAUCGUAGCAGGCGGCCGUGAGGGUAUUGAUACAACAAUAAAUUUUCUAAUGACAGGGAAUAAUGCCAGGCAGUUGUUGAGCGUUCUCGGUGAGGGUACAUUUAACGAAAUUAUAUCGGGCAUUGCUUUACGAACCAACAGUGCCACGGAGCGGCAGAUGUUGGAACAACUGUUGAUGACGUUGCAGGAGGUGAUUACUGCAGAAACGGCAGAAAAUGCACGGGCGGUGGCGAAAGCGAAUGCUGAUUGGUUCAACAGCUUAGAGGGAUUGAUAACUAUUGAAUUUUUCGAGAAAUAUGAAAAUAAUGUAUAAUUAUAGGAAAAUAACAAAUGUAAUUCACAGAAAAACUUUUCUGUUUACUUCAAUCGAACGACCUGAAGUCAGACCAGCCAAAUUACGCCACCAUUCUGUGGACUUCCCAUAGACAUAAUGAUAAGAAUAAUCUGCGAAGCGAUAUAAACAAUCAAAUUUGAAAUCGAUUACCUUUAAAAUUCA